GAUUUAACUCAAUUUUUAUUUAAAAAGAUUCAUCUAACAACGAAUAGAUCGAAUUAAAAUUUUGAAUUUAGUUCUUGGUUUUAUCGCUAGAUGACUGCACCAUUCACUUUUCUUUAAAAAUACGUUCAUAAAAUAACGAUGACUCAAAGAAAAUUCCAAAUACAUACGAAAAGAUGACCCAAAACAUACUAUCUUAUUUUCAAUUUUACUCAAACUUGAAUACGUUAUAGUUUUUAGCGAUUCAUAUCUCCAGGGAUUUAAAAAAAACAUUGUAUACUGUAAUAAUUUUAAUACUGGCCCAAGACGAAAUCAAAACCUCAUGGUACACGUUUCAAUUUUUUUUCGAGUUUUUGAUAAACGUACAGACUACAAAAUUAUUCUUUGUAAUGCGUUUUUAUUCGAGUUCAACGAAAAAAAUGUCGAUUUUGAAGUAUACCCGACAUUGGUACCAACGUUGAGGUAUAUAAAUUGCAACGGAAUGUGUUGCCGAGAGAAAUACACUUCUACAGAUUUAAUAAACGACCACGAAAAUUGUUCGUUCGUAAAAGACGUAUCGAACACCUCUUUUCCAGAAUUCAACGGGUAUUUUAUGGUAGUUUCAUGGUGACGGCAUGUGCGUCGAUCCGUUUAACAAAAUAUGUCAUUGGGGUCCGCUUACUGCUCUUGGAAUUAUAAAACUAAUCACUUUGAUGACAAUACAUUGUAGUAGACAAUGGUGGGCACCGCAAGAGAGUUUGUUUGGAGCAAUUAAUUUUAUGCUUUUCUUUUGUCUCAGUGGAUCUACUCUCUUCCAUUUCAUCAGCUCUAUUUAUGAAGGGCCAGGGUUCCUUCCGUUAAAAUGGAUGCCGGAAAAGGCAACAGACACACAAUUUUUACAGUAUUGUUCUGUGUGCAAGGGCUAUAAAGCACCAAGAUCUCAUCAUUGCAGAAAGUGUGGUCGUUGUGUGCUGAAGAUGGACCAUCACUGUCCAUGGAUAAAUAAUUGCGUAGGUCAUUUCAAUCAUGGACAUUUUACAGCAUUUCUGGCAAGUGCAGUGGGUGGAUGCUGUGUUUCUACUUUUACUCUAGUUUCUUGGGUUAUGACUGUAUUGUCUUUGAAACCAUUAUCAUUUCCACCACCUUCUGUAUUCAUACUAAUAUUAGUAAUCUUUAGUAUUGGUUUGUCAAUUGGCGUUGUUAUUGCAGUUGGGAUAUUGUUUUAUUUUCAGCUGUUAGCUAUAAUCAAAAAUCGAACAGAAAUCGAAGCUUGGAUUUUAGAAAAGGCUCACUACCGAAGGUAUGGAACUAAGGACAAAUUCAUUUAUCCAUACUCGAAAGGUUGGCGCUUUAAUGUAAAGCAAGUUCUUACGUGGGACUGUACCCCCGUGGGAGACGGAAUUAAUUGGCCCGUGAUCGAAGGCUGCGAUCAAUACACGUUGACCCGAGAGCAAUUAGCUCAAAAGAAAGAUAAACGGAAGAGGGCUAAAACCUACAGAGUCGUGGAAGAAAUAUCUGGAUCAUGGUUGCCAUUGAGACAUGGUUGGGGUGUGUUUUGUCAUCCACCUUGUACGGAUGAACCUCGUAUUAAACUCAAAUUGGGAGAAAUUGUAAUCGUAACACGAUGGCGGAAAUAUUGGUUAUUUGGAGAAAAAAAAGAAGAUGACGAAAACGACAAGCAAGUACGAAAACGAGGCUGGUUUCCAAGGCCUUGCGCGAUCGAAGUAAUCGAAAAUGAAGCUUACACUUCUGCUUUAACGAAAUCGGAUUGAAACAUUCCUUUCCCCAAUGUAGAAUUUUAACGUAUUUAUAGAUAAGUCGUUGAACGAACGAUGAUAUUUUUGUCUAGUGUUUUAUAUGUAAGUAUCAAUGAUGGAUGAGUGUCUUUAUAUGUUUCAAUGGUCUAAUGUUAAAUAAGUCCUACUUUCGAAAAAAUGUUUGGAUACUAGAAGUGUCUAUUAGUAUAUUUAUUCUAACAAAAAAGAUUAGCACAAAACGAGACUAUACAAGUUCCCCUUCUUUUAUAUAAUUUGCUAUACGCUAACGUAAGUAAUUUGAAUGUGUGUAACGAGUAAACAUCAAUUUUGAUGUAUCAGAUUUGUGUCAGGAGAAUCGCGUUCUGUAUACAAUGACGUGUACAUACUUUUAAUGCAAUUUCGAUCGUUGUAAAUAGAGCUUUUGGUAACCAUUUACUAA